GGGGAAGCAUCUCUUGUUGGAGAUCUCUCCUUUGUGGAGUCUUCCUGUGAGCUGAAUUCUUUGGAUAUGGCUGCUGUAGGGGACCUGAGAUGUGAUCUCUGGAGCAGUGCAGGAGGAGGGAGGAGCAACAACACAGAGGUGGAGAUAACAACCUAGACCAAACUGUGUGCACAUCAAGGGCGCUUUGCAUGAUUUGGAGAUAGUCAAAUGACAGGAGAGGCGAGCGAUGGAAGCGCUUGGAGGAUAUCUGGAGGGAAAAAAGCGGCGAUGCUCUGUUAUCUGCGCGCGGUCGCAUCUGCGGUCCUCAGUGCGGCUCACGGCGCCCGAACCUCACGGGGAGAGAAAGUCCUGGGAUACGGAGAAACGAAGAAGCAAAAAGCUGCACGGACUUUUCUUUUUGCACCAUCUGCCUCCUACCACUGUUAUCUGAACGGUGGAAAUUUCCUACGUUGAAACGUAAUGCGAGAUCAGAAGAAAAUCUUGACUUUUACAAAAAAGACCUGUUCUCCUAAAUGGAUAUGAGCAACUUUGGAAAGUGCAGAUAAGGGAAAAAAUCAGUUUUUCCCUCCGUUUCAGCAAUUUUAAAGCCAUAAAUUGAGAUGCUGCACCCAGAAAAGCACAGACAGGUGUGUCCCAGAGACCAUGAGCUCCUCACUGCCCACCCUGCUGGCACUGCUGGUGCUGCUGGCCGGCCCUGGGGCUGUGCCCACACUGUGCUUACAGCUCUCAGUGCCGCUGAUGGAGAGCAUCCGGAUAGUGAAUGACAUCCAGGGAGAGGUUUCCUGCGUCAAGAUGAACGUGACAGAUAUCUUUGCAGACAAUAAGACAAAUAACAAAACUGAGCUCUUAUGCAAAGCCUCCACAAUUGUUUGGGAGAGCCAGCACUGCCACAAGAACCUGCAGGGUCUCUUCCUCAACAUGCGUCAGCUCCUGAAUGCCAGCAGCACCUCCCUCAAGGCACCAUGUCCCACGGCAGCAGGCAACACUACUUCAAUGGAGAAGUUCCUAGCAGACCUACGUACCUUCUUCCACCAACUAGCUAAAAAUAAGUGAAAUUAUUUUUAAUUAUUAUAUUGACACUAUAUUUCCAAUGAUUAUUUAUAAAGAUUCCUUAAAUAAAUAUAUAUAUAUUUUUAAGU